ACAAAUCCAAUACGAUAAAAGUAAAAUGAGUUGGGCAGUCAUGAACAGUCAAAACGACGACCCUAGAAGACCUUCUCAAGUUGUUCCCUUUCAACCUCCACGGAAGGAAGAAGAAACAACAAUAACUGAUUUUUUCUCCAUGACUUCUAUGAGCUUUGGUAUGCUGGCUGUGGUUAUGAAGGUACGAUAUUUUGCUUGGCUCAGUUUUAUUAUGGCUGUAGCUUAUGCUUCUAAUUCUCGUUUCUCUCAAGUAGAAGUGAAGCAGUUGGUAUCAUCUAUUGGCCUCAGUAUCGUUAUACUGUUAAUAUCCUAUUUGUCACCGUCUCCUCCAAGAAGGGUUGGUUAGAGAGGGAUGGAAGUUCACUUUCCAAAUCUUUUAGGAGUACGCGCAUUUGUUUCUAUAAUUUCUCUCAAGUCGUGCAAAGUAAAUCCUGGAAAGCUUGGCUGAAAGAAUAUUUGCGAUAAACGCACUUCCCAUGAAGGAAAACCUGCGAGUGAUGGAACACUUCCAAAUAUUACAACAACUUCUGGUUCAGAACCAAUCAUUGCACCCUCAGCACCCCUGUUGAGAAAGUCUAACACAUACGUCUUCCUUGAAUCCAUAGGUAACGUUCGGUAGAUAUCCAACUUUGUAUUGAUGAAUUGGAAGAAACCUUGGAUGAUGGAAAGAUGAGCAUCUUCCGAACGGAGCAGGUUCAAAGUAAACACCCUUCGACUUCUAUGAGAAAGCUGAACAAUAUAAAACCCUGCGUUUCUGUUUUCCACUGUACACGUUAGUCUUCGAAAACAGGUCACUUCUCUAUCUACGUCGUAGUUUGGAAAGUUUUCUAUGCUCCAAAAUGCACAUAUUCUUUCAACCCAAGGUUUCCAAUCUACUACUUGGUUGUCUACAAAAGUUAGUACAGUAAUUCCCAACGAAAAACACCAAAAGAUGAGGUUGAUCAAGUUCAAACAGACACUUGUCUCCUCUUGAAUACCGUCGUUCCGGACAAUACCCAAGUGCUUCACUUGCACUUCACUCCUUCUAUGUUGUU